GAAACCUAGAUAUCGCCCAGAUCUAGAUCUAUUUUCUUUAAGGAGUGCGUCUUGAUCAACGCCUCCGUUUUUCUCUGCAAAUCCUUGUCGUUAGCUUCUACCUUCCUCUUCGAUUUUAGCGAAAAUGAGGGAAUGCAUUUCGAUCCACAUUGGUCAGGCUGGUAUCCAGGUCGGAAAUGCCUGUUGGGAGCUUUACUGCCUUGAACAUGGCAUCCAGCCUGAUGGUCAAAUGCCGAGUGACAAAACCGUUGGCGGAGGUGACGAUGCUUUCAACACCUUCUUCAGUGAGACCGGUGCAGGGAAACACGUUCCUCGUGCUGUCUUCGUUGAUCUUGAGCCCACUGUGAUCGACGAGGUCAGAACCGGUACUUACCGUCAGCUUUUCCACCCUGAGCAACUCAUCAGCGGCAAAGAGGAUGCGGCUAACAACUUCGCCCGUGGGCAUUACACCAUUGGGAAGGAGAUUGUUGAUCUCUGUCUAGACCGUAUCAGGAAGCUCGCUGACAACUGCACAGGUCUCCAAGGGUUCCUUGUUUUCAACGCUGUUGGAGGAGGAACUGGGUCUGGUCUUGGAUCUCUGCUCCUUGAGCGUCUCUCUGUGGACUAUGGAAAGAAAUCCAAGCUUGGAUUCACUGUUUACCCUUCACCACAAGUUUCAACAUCUGUCGUUGAGCCAUACAACAGUGUUCUUUCAACCCACUCACUUUUGGAACACACCGAUGUUUCGAUCCUCCUCGACAACGAAGCUAUCUAUGACAUCUGCAGACGCUCCCUCAGCAUUGAGAGGCCUACCUACACCAAUCUCAAUCGCCUUGUCUCUCAGGUGAUCUCUUCCUUGACUGCCUCUCUGAGGUUUGAUGGUGCUCUGAACGUUGAUGUCACUGAGUUCCAGACUAACUUGGUUCCAUACCCAAGAAUUCACUUCAUGCUUUCCUCAUACGCUCCAGUCAUCUCUGCUGAGAAAGCUUUCCACGAGCAACUCUCUGUUGCCGAGAUCACCAACAGCGCUUUUGAGCCUGCUUCCAUGAUGGCCAAGUGUGACCCUCGCCAUGGUAAGUACAUGGCUUGCUGCCUGAUGUACCGAGGUGAUGUCGUCCCUAAAGAUGUGAAUGCUGCUGUUGGCACCAUCAAGACCAAACGCACAAUCCAGUUUGUUGACUGGUGCCCAACUGGGUUCAAGUGUGGUAUCAACUACCAGCCACCAACUGUGGUUCCUGGUGGUGAUCUGGCCAAGGUGCAGAGAGCUGUGUGCAUGAUCUCGAACUCGACCAGUGUCGCUGAGGUGUUCUCUCGCAUUGACCACAAGUUUGACCUGAUGUAUGCGAAGCGUGCGUUUGUGCACUGGUACGUUGGUGAGGGUAUGGAGGAAGGAGAGUUCUCUGAAGCUCGUGAGGAUCUUGCUGCUUUGGAGAAAGACUAUGAGGAGGUUGGUGCUGAGGGAGGUGAUGAUGAAGACGAUGAAGGUGAGGAAUACUAAGCGGCGGACUUCGUUGUUGUUUUGGGUUGUUGUCGUGUGGUGUUGUUUUUUACUCUGUGGUUUGAAAGGCUCGAAACUCUCUCGUACCGAGUCCUAGUUUGCCUAUCCGUCUGGUUUUUCUGUUUUUUGAUUUGUCAUAAUCGGUGUUGAACUUUGUGUGGUAUCAAUCUAUCGUUGCUCUUCUAUUCUA